AGCAUUCAAUUCAAUUCAAUCCACACCAAAAAUUUCCAAUUAAAGCAGCGAGCAGUGCAAUCUAUUCCUACUCUGCACUCCCUUGCUCUGCAACACACAAACACACCUCUAUUUCUUUUGCAAAGUGACCUAACAUUAAUCAAAAAAUGGAAGGCCGCCUCCGCCAGUCAAAGUCUAAAGCGGCAGCCGCAGCCGCAGCCGCUGAUGAGAAGGCAUCCGACGCCGUAUCGGUACCAGUGUACCUGACAAACGCCUUCUUCUUCACUGUGUUCUUCUCGGUGGUAUACUUUCUGCUUCUCCGGUGGCGGGAAAAGAUCCGUAACUCAACACCUCUCCACGUGGUUAGUCUCUCUGAUAUUGGAGCCAUCGUGACGUUCGUGGCCUCAUUCAUCUACCUUGUUGGCUUCUUCGGCAUUGGCUUCGUCCAGUCCAUCAUCAUUCCCCGCGCUCCAAUUGACGAAGAUGACGAGGAAGAAUUCGACCGGUUGAUGGUGAAAGAGGAUUCACCGAAACUCCCCUGCGCUGCAGCCGCUCCCGCUCCCAAAUCCGACGAUGAUAUUCUUAAGAUUGCUAAGAAGACUGAGGUUAGCGCCGACGACGAGGAAAUUAUCAAGUCGGUAGUGGAGGGGAAGAUCCCCUCUUAUGCUCUAGAAUCAAAGCUGGGAGACUGCCACCGUGCGGCCGCCAUCCGCCGCGAGGCAUUGCAACGCAUCACAGGAAAAUCCCUGGAGGGGCUGCCGCUGGAGGGCUUGGAUUACGAGUCGAUUCUUGGACAGUGCUGUGAAAUGCCUGUGGGGUAUGUGCAGAUUCCAGUGGGCAUUGCUGGGCCGCUGUUGUUGGACGAUUGUGAGUACUCUGUUCCAAUGGCGACCACAGAGGGCUGUUUAGUAGCCAGCACCAACAGAGGGUGCAAAGCUAUAUAUGCCUCCGGAGGGGCCACCAGCUCCCUUUACAGAGACGCCAUGACAAGGGCUCCUGUCGUCCGCUUCUGCUCUUCCAAGAGGGCUGCUCAGCUUAAGCUUUUCCUUGAAGAUCCUCUUAAUUUUGAGACCCUCUCCCUCGUCUUCAACAGCUCCAGCAGAUUCGGAAGGCUGCAGAGCAUCAAAUGCGCCGUCGCUGGCAAGAAUCUCUACAUUCGAUUCUCAUGCAGCACGGGCGACGCCAUGGGAAUGAAUAUGGUUUCUAAGGGUGUUCAAAACACCUUGGACUUCCUUACCAACCAGUUCCCUGAUAUGGAUGUCAUGGGUAUUUCUGGAAACUACUGCUCCGAUAAGAAGCCUGCUGCAGUCAACUGGAUUGAAGGGCGUGGCAAGUCAGUUGUGUGUGAGGCCGUAAUCCAAGGAGACAUUGUCAAUAAGGUGCUCAAGACUGAUGUUGCUUCCUUGGUGGAGCUUAACAUGCUCAAGAAUCUCACUGGCUCCGCUGUGGCUGGAGCUCUUGGGGGCUUCAAUGCUCAUGCUAGCAACAUUGUAUCUGCAAUCUACAUAGCCACCGGACAGGAUCCAGCACAAAACAUUGAGAGCUCCCACUGCAUAACCAUGAUGGAAGCUGUCAACGAUGGCAAGGACCUUCACGUCUCAGUCACCAUGCCUUGUAUUGAGGUCGGGACAGUGGGUGGUGGCACUCAACUCGCCUCUCAGUCCGCUUGCCUCAAUCUGCUCGGUGUCAAGGGAGCCAAUAAGGAGGCUCCUGGAUCCAACGCCCGCCUUUUGGCCACCAUUGUCGCCGGCUCAGUUCUUGCAGGAGAAUUGUCUCUCAUGUCUGCCAUCGCAGCCGGCCAACUAGUCAAGAGCCAUAUGAAGUACAACAGGUCUAAUAAAGAUGUUGCCAAUAUCAAGUCUUGAGUUGAUGAAUGAAAAAGACUAGUGAGACUCUUGUUUUCAUAAAAUAACAAUGCUAACCAUUAUAAUAAUGAAGGGGAUAGACUCAAUCAAAUACUAGCUAAGAACUUUUUAUUUCGUUGUUGAUUCUAUUCAAUCAGUUAUUCUUUAGUAAAAUGUGUCAUUAGCCUUUGUUAUUGUCUGUAAGGAACUCUAUCAAUUCAAUAAUAUUUUAUGGAUUUCUUUGUAUAAAA